AGAGAAGAAGGGCAAGUUGGUCCUGAGAGCAGGGCAGGUAGGGGCGAAGCCUCUGGCCUGGAAACUCAGUGACACCCCAUCAGGGAGCCUUCUUUCCAGUAGGCCCUGGAGGACAUUGCAGGCUGUGACUAGGCCGGGCCACUCGGGGCAGGCCCGGGCUCACACCUCCGCCUGUCUGACUGAAGGAAGGCCCCUGUUCCCUUUGCAGGUGUAAGACAGUGGCUCUGCUUUAGCACAGAUGGCGACCAUGCCUUGUUUGGGGGACUGGAAGGUAUUGUGGCUGCAUCUGAAGAGAGUGGAGGGCCAGGCAGACAGGACACCUGCCUUUGGAGAGAUUGCAAUCUAAUUUGCAAAGGAAUAAGGGUACUCACUUGAAAAUAACUCUGGAUCUCUGAAAGAAGAUGAACUUGGCUGAGAUUUGUGAUAAUGCAAAGAAAGGAAGAGAAUAUGCACUUCUUGGAAAUUACGACUCUUCUAUGGUGUAUUACCAGGGUGUGAUCCAGCAGAUCCAGAGACACUGCCAGUCAGUUAGAGACCCAGCUGUGAAAGGCAAAUGGCAACAGGUUCGUCAGGAAUUACUGGAAGAAUACGAACAAGUUAAAAGUAUUGUCAGCACUUUAGAAAGUUUUAAAAUCGACAAGCCUCCAGAUUUUCCGGUGUCCUGUCAAGACGAACUAUUUAGGGAUCCUGCUGUGUGGCCACCCCCUGUACCUGCAGAACACAGAGCUCCUCCUCAAAUAAGGCGCCCCAAUCGAGAAGUGAGACCUCUGAGGAAAGACAUGCCGGGAGUAGGAGCUCGGGGGCCUGUAGGCCGAGCGCACCCCAUAUCCAAGGGCGAGAAGCCCUCCACAGGCAGGGACAAGGAUAAUAGAGCACGAGGGCGAGAUGACAAGGGAAGGAAAAAUAUGCAGGAUGGUGCAAGUGAUGGUGAAAUUCCAAAAUUUGAUGGUGCUGGAUAUGAUAAGGAUCUGGUGGAGGCCCUUGAAAGAGACAUUGUGUCCAGGAAUCCUAGCAUUCAUUGGGAUGACAUAGCAGACCUGGAAGAAGCUAAGAAGUUAUUAAGAGAAGCUGUUGUCCUUCCUAUGUGGAUGCCUGAUUUUUUCAAAGGGAUUAGAAGACCAUGGAAGGGUGUGCUGAUGGUGGGACCCCCAGGCACUGGUAAGACUAUGCUAGCUAAAGCUGUUGCCACUGAAUGUGGUACAACAUUCUUCAAUGUUUCCUCCUCUACACUGACAUCUAAAUAUAGAGGCGAAUCUGAGAAGUUAGUUCGUCUGUUGUUUGAAAUGGCUAGAUUCUAUGCCCCCACUACGAUCUUCAUUGAUGAGAUAGAUUCUAUCUGCAGUCGGAGAGGAACCUCUGAUGAACACGAGGCCAGUCGCAGAGUCAAGUCUGAACUGCUCAUUCAGAUGGAUGGAGUUGGAGGAGCUUUAGAGAAUGAUGAUCCUUCCAAAAUGGUUAUGGUGUUGGCUGCCACUAAUUUCCCAUGGGACAUUGAUGAAGCUUUGCGAAGAAGAUUAGAAAAAAGGAUAUAUAUACCUCUCCCAACAGCUAAAGGAAGAACUGAACUUCUGAAGAUCAAUCUCCGUGAGGUUGAAUUGGAUCCUGAUAUUCAACUGGAAGAUAUAGCAGAGAAGAUUGAGGGCUAUUCAGGGGCUGAUAUAACUAAUGUUUGCAGGGACGCCUCUUUAAUGGCGAUGAGGCGGCGAAUCAAUGGCUUAAGCCCGGAACAGAUCCGUGCACUUUCGAAAGAGGAACUUCAGAUGCCUGUCACCAAAGGAGACUUUGAAUUGGCUCUUAAGAAAAUUGCUAAGUCUGUCUCUGAUGCUGACUUGGAGAAGUACGAAAAGUGGAUGGCUGAAUUUGGAUCUGCUUGAAUUCCUUCCAUCUCUCUCAUGUAUUUUUGUUUAUAAAUGUGAAGACAUACUUGUGGAAAAUUUUUUUUUUCAAAAACAAGUUUUAAAAUUCUCAUUGGAAAGGUUUUUGUUUAAAGGGAAAACAGUUAAAGUUACGGAAACAAUGUUGAGUUAAAUGUUGAGAAGUAAGAAAGGCUUGCGUAGAGAGCCUCAUAGUCUGUGUACCUGGCUUGGUGCCGUCUUUACACACACACACACACACACACACACACACACACACACACACACACACACACACACUCACACACACACACUCACACAGUCACACACACACUCACACACACACACACACACACACACACUCAUGUACUAAUAUUGCACACCCAGCCCAGUGUACCCAGAAAGCCCAGGAAAGCUGUCAGGGUACCUGCUGGAGAAACUGUUUACAGAAGGCAGAGAAGCUUGUCUAUUGUUCAUUCACAUUUGUUAUUCUUUGUAUUAACUUUUUUGUGUGGUUUUCUAGCCUUUGUUCUGAGUAUGAGGUACCUGUAAUAUGUUUAAUACUGAAACUAUGAUUGUGUCAGAUUCAUUAUUAAGAGAAGGAUGGUGGUUUGGGACUAAAUAAUUUGCUAGUUUAAAUUUUGGAAUUUAACUUAACUAUUACUGAUAUACAUAUACAUACAUGUAUAUAUAUGCUUUUUUAGCCUCCUUCCCCCAUCAUUUUUUUUCCUAUUAGCUAUUUAAUAAUUUAUUUAACUUUCUGGGAGAAUAUCUUCAUGUGUUUAGGAGUCUGAGUCAUUUUUCCAGGCUGUUUCUAUGGCCUUUGCUAGUACUUCUUAGAUGUCAUGUUGGAAGGGCAGAAAGAAUUGUGAGUGCAUAAGAGCACUUGUUCAUUCUACACUUCUAACCCCCUUCUCACUUUUCCUUUAAAAUAGCCAACCUCUAUUUUUCUCAGCUCUGAAUUGCUUGAUUUCAUUCGACUUUGCUACUUCUAUUUUCCUAUUCUAAAUAAAAUACUUUGGUGUUUGAAACCAGUCCCUCUGCGGCUAUUACAAAACAAAAGGAAACUUUGUUGUUUAUCAGACAGCUUACCUCAGCAAAAUGAAAUCAUUCAUAAUGAAGUGUGUUCAUUUGAAAGUUUAAAAAUUGUUCCUUGUAUAGAUUAAUAACUUGUAUUCAGAACAAUAUUAAAAUGGAAAUUUGACAUAGUCUUUCAAUUCAAUAGAGAUUAGACAAUGGGAAGAGACCAAGAGUAGAUGGUCUAUAUCUAAUCAUAAGUAGAGUAUCCUGAUGUUAUUUUUUUAAAUUACAUUUAUUGUUUUAAUUGGGCAACCUAUAUUUUAUUGGUUUUUAAAUUUUUGAGUUUUUAAAAAUAUCUACUGAUAAUACCCUGAAUUCUCAAUUUUGAACUAUACUUGCUGACUAAACACACAAAAAUAAUGUAACUUCUUAGAUUCUUACUAUUAUUUGUCAUACUGGGCCUUUACCACUUCAGGCUGACUUUUUCUAAGAGAAAGGCAAAAACAGAGAAGCAGAAACAAAAACUAGAACUUUUUAGACUCUUAAAACAUCUUGGUGCUGGGAGUCAGGCGGUAGCACAGUGGGUUAAGUAUACGUGGUACAAAGCACAAGGACCAGCAUAAGGAUCCCGGUUCAAGCCCCUGGCUCCCCACCUGCAAGAGAGUCGCUUCACAGGUGGUGAAGCAGGUCUGUAGGUGUCUGUCUUUCUCUCCCCCUCUCUGUCUUCCCCUCCUCUCUCCAUUUCUCUCUGUCCUAACAACGAUGACAUCAGUAACAACAACAAAUAAUAACUACAACAAUUAAAAGCAAGGGCAAUAAAGGGAAAAUAAAUAAAUAUAAAUAAAAACCAUCUUGGUGUUAGGGAGUCAGGCGGUAGCGCAGCAGGUUAAGCACACGUGGCGCAAAGCGCAAGGACCGGCAUAAGGAUCCUGGUUCGAGCCCCCAGCUCCCCAUCUGCCCGGGAAUCACUUCACAGGCAGUGAAGCAGGUCGGCAGGUGUCUAUCUUUCUCUCCUCCUCUCUGUCUUCCCCUCCUCUCUCCAUUUCUCUCUGUCCUAUCCGACAAUGAUGACAUCAAUAACAACAACAAUAAUGACUAUAAUAUUAAAAAACAAGAAGGGCAACAAAAGGGAAUAAAUAAAUAUCUUUAAAAAAGAAAAAAAUAAGUAAAUAAAUAAAUCUUAAAAAAAAACACAUCUUGGUGUUUUGCUUAAGAGAUGCUUUCCUCCUAGGAAGUACCAUAUGCUUUUCAGAUGAUUCUAAAUAGUGGUAUCCAUUGUAAUGCUUAUUAUUCUUUUACCUUCUGAGGCAUUGGUUAUGAUAGAGUUAAAAAUCAUAAUGCAUCAUGAUUUCAUUUUAAUUGAGUUAAUUUUUUAAAAUGAGUAACCUUUAUUCAUGAACUUUUAAAAUAAGUAAAUAAUUCUACUAAGGUAAUUUUGCAAAUUAUUACAACUCAGGAACUUUUUUUUUUUUUCCCUGAAGUCCUAGUGGCAGUUGUUAAAACAUCAGUGUUUUGAUUACUAAACUUAUACAUUUUAGUUGAUUAUUUAGAUAAUUUUUCAAGAUUUUGGAAAGCAUGUUUAAAAUUCUUUAUGGGUCAUGACAAAUUAAUUGUUGUUUUAAGAACUGAUACAUUAGGUAGUAUUUGGAGACUAAAGCAUUCCAGAAUCUUAACUAUCUUGCUGUGUCAGUUGUGCUUUUUAUUAACUUAUUUCUCAUUUUGCCCCAUGAGUGGACAGAGAGUGUAUCUUAACUCCUUCAAAGUCUCCUGAGAUAUCCAAAUUGCUCAAUGUCUAAUGGACAUUGCGUGUGGAUUUUUGUUGCAAUACAGUGUAGUGUCUUACACAGUACGAGAGAAUUAUGUUUGCUUCUAUUGACCCUAUUUCUUGAUUUGAAAUCAAGUCUACAGACUUGAUUUUUUUUUUUUAAUUGCCACCAGGAUUAUUGCUGGGGCUCAGUGCCUGCACUAUGAAUCCACAGUUCCUGGUGGCCUGCUCUCCUUUCUUUCCUUGCUCCUAACCCUCCUCCCCUCCUUUCUUAAUUUAAUUUUUUUCUUUAUUUUAUUUGAUAGGACAGAGAGAAAUUGAGAGGAGAGGAACAGAUAGAGAAGGAGAGAGAGACACCUGCAGCCCUGCUUCACUACUCAUGAAGCUUCCCCCUGCAGGUGGGGGCCAGGGGCUCCAACCAGGGUCCUUGUGCACUGUAACAUGUGUGCCCAACCAGGUGUGCCACCAGCCAGCCCUACGUUCAUUGUAAAUAUUUUGCUUUCAUAAUUCCUUGUUUUUAAGGGAAAUUUAUAUUGAUGCAGUGUACCAGAGAAAUGGUUCUUCAGUGUAGCCUUCUAGUAGACCUAGUAGAGAACAAAAGAUGGCAUGACAAGAGAUUACUUCAGAUCUGUAGUCAUGGAGGCAUUCCAGAAUGACCAGAAUACACUUUGGGCUCUUGACAUCUUCCUCUAAAAAUAGUACAACAGCUUGGAAGAGGAAACAUGCUAUAGUCUAACUGCAAAUCUGGGGCCUCUGAGUUCCUGAGAUUGUAGUUUUUAUGAUGUGACACUUGACUGUCAAAGUAAAGGUUGAAAUCACUAGUUACUGAAAAAUGAGGAAUUGUCUAGUGAAUGAACAUUAAUACAGAUAUAUUGGGGGAAAAUCGGUGUGUAGUUUACCCAGAUGAACAGUAUGGUCGUCACUCACUUUACAACAUGUAAUAUGACUAGUGAAUAGGAAAUUAUUGGUAUUUUUCAGUUUUUUGAACAGCUUGGCUUAGUUUGAAGUUUUUUUCUUCAGCAAUUUCUAUAUACAUAUGUUGUUGAAUACAUCAUGAAACAGUAACUGGAAGCCAUGAGACAGUGACUAUAGGAAACCCCAUUCUUCCUUUUAUCUUAAUAAUGAUAAAUCACUAUAUGAUAGGCUUAAUAUAUACAGGCUGUUUGCUGGCCUCUCCCCAGGAAGGGCCACCUUAACUUGGUCGAGGAAAUAAUUAUGAUUAUUCUUUUAACAUGUGAAAGAGGUACUUUUUGUUCUUGUUUGCAUAUUUCUAAAUACCACUUAAUUUAUGAUACACAUAUUUAUAUGAGUCCAAGAAGCUAUCUCCACAGAAAUGCUAGAAGUUACAGUAUUACACUGUAGUACAAAGAGCAUAUGGGGGAAUGUUUUACCCCAAGUGUUUUAAAAAUUAAUUUACUUAUUAUAAAUGUUAAAAAUUAAUAUUUACUUAUUUAUAGUCUUAAAAUAUACUUUCAUACUUAUUUUUUAGGACAUUUGUUUUGAGUAAUGUUUAUUUAAUAUUUUUAUUUAUUACUGGAUAGAAGCAGAAAGGAAUUGAAAGGGAGGGGGAAGAUAGAGAGGGGGAGAGACAGAUAGACACCUGCAGCCCUGCUUUACCACUCAUGAAGCUUUCCCCCUGCAGGAGGGGACCAGAGGCUUGAACCUGGGUCCUGUUGCACUGUAAUGUGAGCACUUAACCAGGUGCACCACUACCUAGCCCUUAAAUAAUGUAUCUUUAAUGUAGAAACUGUAUAUUUAACAAAAAACAACCCCCUCAGAUAACAUACAUUUAAGCAUUUAUAAAGUAGCAAUCCUUUGCAUUCCAAUUACUUCUUUAGCUCUUGAUAGCUUUGUAAUAGCUUUAAUGAUAGUUCUGACUUUUCAGGUAACUUGUUAAUAUAAAAACAAAAACCCCAUUAAGGUAAUGUAAAAUUCUAUUUUACUAUUCUCUCUCUUUUAAAAAUAUUUUCACAAGAGAGAGACACACAGCAGAAGGUCAGAGCACUGCUCAGCUCUGGCAUAUGGUGCUGUUGGACUGAACUUUUGACCUCUGUGGCCUCAGGCGUGAACAUCUGGUGUGUGCUGCCUCUAUGCUGUUUCCCUCAUUAUCUUUUCUCUUUUCUUCAUUGACCUCACCUUAUACAUGUAGGUAAGUAAACUGGAAAUGAUUUUGUUGUCAGCAGUAUACAAGUUUUUGAUCGUUUGGAAAUUUGGCACAAGUAGAGAACUCAUAGAAGGGGUUUCCUCCUAUUAAAAGGCUUCCAUUUGAUUUUAUAUUCACAACUAUAAAAUGAACUUUUUUUUUUCACAGCAUCUGAAGUGACUAAAUAUUGCCCUUUGGAAAACCUGAAUGCACUGUGUCUACCUCAGUUUACCAGGUUUAGCUGUAGGUAGAAUGAAUUGAAAUCAUAUUUAAAUUUAGCUCAUAAAUUAUCUAGAAUUGUUUUAAGUGCUUCCUUUUUCUCACUGUGCAGUUCCCCUGUCCCCAUUCCUGGGGCUUGAUUGCUCUGGGGUUGACUUUCUAAGUGGGGAGGGAGCACCAAAUAUACACACCUGUCGCACUAAAGCUUCUUAUAGUAUAGAAGUGCUCCUCUGUGGUGUGUGGAGGGCUGGAACCUGAGUAAUGCAAUGGCAAAGCAGGUGUCAUUUUUGGAAGGUAGCUUUCUGGCCCCUCUUAAACUUUUUUUUUUAAACCUUCAUUUUUAAAUUUGAUAGACCUAUCUUUCCCUGGCAAAGUCAUAUUUUCUUGUUUGAGCCUCUGAGAUGUCUGACUGGUUCUUUCUUUCCUGUCAUAUUUUCUUGUUUGAGCCUCUGAGAUGUCUGACUGGUUCUUCCCCUCUCAGCUUAAUUAUACAAUUAUGUUUUACUCUAAGGAGCAGUUUCCAACACAGCACACAUUUUCUUAUUUUCUCAGAGCUUCCUCUAUAUAAACCAAUAUGACAACAUUUAAAAUUUUGGAGCCUUACUGUUCUGUGCUCAUUCACUAAGAGCCAAAGUAGAGUACACCCUGAGGUAAGGUAGAUAGGCUCUUGGAAACUGCAAUUUUAAGUGAAAUGAUAUAUAAAAAAGAGUAAGCCUUCCAAUUAAGUUGCUACAACAUUUUUUCUCAUGGAAAUUAAGCCCAGUAUUUUAACAGUGAUGCUCAAUUAAGGAUGCUAUCACAGGACCUGCUGUACUUGAUGAAAACACAGAAAUGGACACAUCUGUUCAUGUGGUAACAGGGAGCUUCAGUUAACACUGUGGACGUGAUCCCUGUGAGAGCACUACUUGUUAGAUGGUUUGUGUGUUGCUAAGACUUCUGUUUCAGUGCUCAUCUCCCAGUAUUUUGAAUCUAACUUACUGAGAAACACAGCUGUAAAUUAUAUUUAUAAAUGUACUCUUAGCUCUUGUGCUGCUGUCCUGACUUGUGUUUGUGGCUAGGUUGUAGUAUGGUAAUAAACAUCUAGUGUAUUGCU